AUGUUUUUCCCAGCAUCCGUAUUGACAUCAAGCCUCAUAAUUACCCUAUUUCUCCUAGGGUCCCCAUUGUUGCUUAGUUUAUUCUCUGCUCCAGCAAAGCCGAGUUGAGCGACAACACAUGUCAAACCUGCUGUGAAAGGCGCAUUCUUUGUUAGCCUUAUCCCCCUUAUUCUUUUCAUUAAUUUCGGUAAACAACAAGUGAUUUCUACAUGGACUUGAACAAGCACUUUAACAUUUGAUAUGAGCGUUAGCUUUAAAUUCGACCAUUAUUCCCUUAUCUUCACACCUGUAGCUUUAUAUGUAACCUGGUCGAUCCUAGAAUUUGCAACCUGAUAUAUGCAAGACGACCCCGACAUGAACCGAUUCUUUAAGUACCUGUUGAUUUUCCUCAUCGCAAUAAUUGUGUUAGUCACCGCCAAUAACCUUUUUCAACUUUUUAUCGGCUGGGAAGGCGUCGGCAUCAUGUCGUUCCUCCUUAUCGGCUGGUGGUCCGGCCGGGCUGACGCCAACACAGCUGCCCUUCAGGCAGUUGUCUACAACCGAGUCGGAGAUAUUGGGUUAAUUUUUGCCAUGGCCUGAAUAGCCACAAAUAUAAACUCAUGAGAGCUGCAACAGAUUUUCAUCGCACUUAAAGGCUUCAACGUAACUCCUCCUGUCUUAGGACUAAUUAUUGCCGCCGCUGGUAAAUCCGCUCAAUUUGGACUCCAUCCUUGACUUCCUUCUGCCAUAGAGGGCCCUACACCAGUAUCCGCUCUCCUUCAUUCGAGCACCAUAGUAGUCGCGGGCAUUUUUCUUCUUAUUCGAAUGAAUCCUAUGAUCGAAAAAAGCCCCGCCGCUCUAACCCUUUGCCUCUGUUUAGGUGGACUAACGUCCAUGUUUACUGCCUUCUGCGCUCUAACCCAUAACGACCUCAAGAAAGUUAUUGCAUUCUCUACAGCUAGUCAACUUGGCCUUAUGAUGGUAACCAUUGGCCUAAACCAACCACAACUCGCCUUCCUUCAUAUUUGUAUACAUGCAUUUUUUAAAGCUAUGUUAUUCCUCUGCUCCGGAUCAAUUAUUCACAGCCUUGGUGGUGAACAAGAUAUCCGGAAAAUGGGGGCCCUCCACCGCCAAACACCCUGAACCUCUUCCUGCUUUAUUAUUGGCACUCUCGCCCUAACCGGUAUGCCUUUCCUCUCCGGCUUCUUCUCUAAAGAUGCUAUUAUUGAAGCAAUAACCACUUCCUAUUUAAACACUUGAGCCCUCCUACUCACCCUUUUUGCCACAGCUUUUACGGCCAUUUACAGCGUUCGCCUAAUUUACUUUGUACUAAUACCUAACCCCCGCUCAAUAACUAUCACCCCUAUCGGAGAAGCAAACCCCCAAGUACUCAACCCCCUUAAACGACUUGUAUGAGGAAGUAUCUUUGCAGGCUUAUGACUCACCUUAAGCAUUAAUCCCCUUAAAAUUCCUGUAAUGUCAAUGCCUCCCACAAUUAAACUGACUGCCCUUCUUGUCACAAUUUCCGGACUCCUAAUCGCACUCUGAUUUAUUACCCCUUCCGGUGCACGUAUCCAAACCACCCUUUUCCCCACUCCCCAUCACUUCAGUAGUAUACUUGGGUAUUACCCUACCCUCGUUCACCGAAUAACUCCUAAAUUGUCCUUAAUGUGAGGCCAAACGAUCGCCGACCAGACAAUUGACCAGAACUGACUAGAGGAAAUUGGACCAAAAGCCACUGCAACCCUCAGCAAACCCCUAAUUAUCUUCACGAGUGAAAUACAACAAGGUCGCAUGAAAACACACCUCCUCUUCUUUUUCUUGGGCCUUACCCUAAUAACUUCAAUAAUUAUUUAUUAG